UGCAAUUCUUAGUACAUCAAGUCUAAAAUAAAAAACAUAAACAUGAAAAAGGAACCUUUUUAGGUAAAGAAUGAGUUGGAAGGUUAUUCGCUAGAUUAAGUAUCAUCCACCGGAUUCUCACGGUGCCAACGGUCAAGAUGAUGAAGCCAAUCUAUAUAAAGCCUUCCCUACCUCCUUGAGAUAUCCCUUGGAUUUCUUGCCCUCUUUACAUUCUACAAAAUCCUUUCAAGCUAGCAAAGGCGUUUCGAUUUGGGGACAGAUCUAUGGACAGAUCUAUGUUCCGUGAGCCGGCGGCGAUGGAAAGAACAACUCCAUCAACGAGGAUCGGGGCCACAAGCUGGUCCUUGGUUCAGGAGCUCAUCGCUGGUACUCUCCCAACCCCAGAUCUGUACAUCCCCGAUGAGAAUCGUGGCGGCGACAUGUAUGGUACAUCUCCUUAUCCUCUGAUUGCAGCCGGCGCUGUCCAUCCUGGUGGGUCAAAUCAUGCCCCGCGAGAUGGCAAGGUUCCACAUCAUGAUGCUACAGGAUUUAUGGGAGCGGGUGAUCUUGAUUAUGGCAACGCUAUAUGUGGUAAUCGGGCCCUUAUGGAAAAUACCAUUCCAUAUGAGAGUUCUUUAGUGACUAUUGCGAGCCAGGCUUAUGCCGAAGUGGAUGCUCCAACCUACAACGAGAGAGGGUUGUGGUCACCUAAUGAGGACAGUAAGCUUAGAGAGCUUGUGAGUAAGAUAGGUGUAAAGAAGUGGUCCAAAAUUGCAAAGGAUCUCCCAGGCAGGAUUGGAAAGCAAUGCAGAGAGAGAUGGAUGAACCAUUUGAAGCCUGGCAUUAAGGAGACUGCCUGGACAGAGGAAGAGUACCAGAUGCUUAUAACCUGGCACCGGAAGGUCGGCACCGGUUGGGCUAAGAUGGCAAAGCACAUCCCUGGCCGUCCAGAGAACAGCCUCAAGAACCGCUGGAACGCGACCUGGCGCCAUGUGAAGAAGAACAAAGAGACGAUUGAGAUGGCCGUCAACGAUGGGACCCACCCCAACGCCCUCGUGGUCUACAUGGUGCGCGAGUGCGGUGCGCUGACGGAGGGGGCGGGCGCCCCGGCCAGAGCCGCUGACCCGCCGGUGCCGGAUGCUGUGCCGGACGGCUGGCAGGUGGACAACAACCCCGCCGCCACGGAGCCAUCGCCGGGUUCCAACUCGCCCGACCAGUGGUGGCUGCCGAUGCUGUGCGGCGGCGGCACGCUGCCUCCACCGAUUAUGGAGGCGCCAGCGCCACUGCCAGACCACAACAACGUCGAGAGCUGCGUGUAUGCUACGUACGACACCGACGGCUACAUGCGCUACGUGCACCUGCAGCCGACACCGGGGCACGACGGCGACGCUCCGGCCAACCAGGUCGUCGCCGCCGCCGCCGAGGCUCCCGGAUACUACAACCCCCUGACGUUCCCGUACAACCCGCUCGCUGGGCAGCAAGUGUACGCCCACACCACCUACCCUGCAGCUGCAGGCAGCUACGGCCAGGAGGCCGUGCCGAGCUACUGCUACAGCAACAGCGGCGGCGGCGGUGACGAGGCGCACGGCAACGCUGGCUCUGGUUCCGCGGCCCCGGAGCUGGCCGGCAUGCCAUUCAGCGCCAACGCGCCAGCUGCCCAGAACCAGCGCGGCGGCGGCGCCAUUUGAGGUGAGGAACCAGCAUCUGAUGAGACUGGCUACAGAGCUGCGUCACAGCAGUUCAGAUACCAUUUAAAUUAAGCGUCUUCUAUGGACGGCGAAGACUUCUUUUGAGUUUCCAUCGUUGAACCAUGUCGUGUGACUGUCGAGUCGGAUCGUUGAACUAUGUCGUGUUGCUGUCGUGUCGUACUUUUUGCCUGUUGGAGUUUGAUCUAAAUAAGAACCUUGGUAAGCUUUGGACUA